CCUCCCAGAAAGGCGGGGCGCCGGAAUGUGUCGAGAAAAUGUCAACAACAUGCCGGAGACUUCCCGAGAAACAGAAACUGUGGCAGGAGUCAGUGGCAGACAACAAAGAGAAGGAGGAAGCCAGUCGUCUCGCAACGUCGUGUCUGUAAUAUCGCAGUUCGCAGACGACAAUUUAACCCUCGUGCGGAACAUAAGCACUGGGCUGGCGAUUGCUGGCGUUCUCGUAAUAGCAAGGAGUAUCAGACUGAUCACCAAAUUUCAAGCUGCGUCUGAGAUCCCUGCUCGUUUCAUUGAGAGGAAUGUCAGCCUUCGUGGGAAAGUUCGGUCCGUCACAGAGAGAGGGCUUGAAGUGGAGCACGUCCCCAUUUAUCUGCCGGUCCUCUCGCCUUUACUGUCAAAGCACAAGGGUGUGUCCACGUCUCCAUUGCUAGUGCAUCUUGCAGGAGUGGAGCUGACACCAGAGGGGAGGGUAUGGCUGCAGAAGACCCUGACUCCUUCCCAAACAGUCUGGCUAAAACUAAUCAGCCGCGAGGACGACAUGUUACACUGUUUGGUGUCUUCAAGCAGGCAGGGGUCGAUGUGGAGCUGCUGUAUGAACGAAGAGGUCCUCAUGCUCGGCCUGGCUCGCACUGCGCCCAUCGCAGGAGUCCAGCCUGACUCUCGCCUCUGCUGGCGUCUCCACAAACGGCUGCACAGGGCAGAGGCCAAAGCCGAGAGGAAGGGGAAGGGCCUGUGGAAGGAGGACAGCCUAUGGGAGAGAGCCUCCAAGGCCGUCCUGGGACAGCACUUUACUCAGACUGAUGAGGAGGAUCUUUAAAAGAACUUGACUGAUUGAUCCAAAGCAGAAAAAACAACAAAAACUUUGUUGUCUUGAAGUUCUGAAAUGAUCAUUCUUCAUCAUUUCUGGACAUAAAUACCUUUUAUUUAAUGGAGUUCCUGUUCUGUACACAGCCAGUGUAAAAGGGGAGUUUAGAACACUUUCUUUAGGCUGAAAACUUCUCCCAUCCUUCACUCAACUGUCCUGUGGGACAGAGCCACUUCUCAGGCAAUGGAAACAUUUAAUUUGCCUGAUGCUCCUUUACAUUCUUUAUUACACCUGUAUUAAAACUUUAUGGUUUUGACUGUGUUCUCUAAUUCAAAGUUUUAUAAAAAUAGUUAUCUGAAACCCCGUCUCAAGUCCUGUUACUAAUCCCUGAGUUUUCACUUUCCCCAUUAAAUCACAGCUAAGCACA